AUGGGUUCUUCCUGCCAUCUGUGUGGGUGUUGCAAUGCUGGGGUGAAAAAGACACUGCUAGAAGCUCAUUCUGAAAUGGGGAGCACUGAAAUUCUGGAAAAGGAGACCCCAGAAAGUCUUAGCAAUGGUACCAGCAGCAACAUAGAAGCAGCCAAAAGGUUGGCCAAACGCCUUUAUCAACUAGACAGAUUCAAAAGAUCGGAUGUUGCCAAGCACCUAGGCAAGAACAAUGAAUUUAGCAAACUAGUCGCAGAAGAAUAUCUGAAGUUUUUUGAUUUUACAGGAAUGACGCUGGAUCAGUCUCUCAGGUUUUUCUUUAAAGCAUUUUCUCUUGUGGGAGAAACUCAAGAACGAGAGAGAGUUUUAAUACAUUUCUCCAAUAGAUAUUUUUAUUGUAAUCCAGAUACCAUUACUUCACAAGAUGGAGUCCACUGCCUCACCUGUGCAAUGAUGCUUCUUAACACCGAUCUGCAUGGCCAUAAUAUUGGAAAGAAGAUGACGUGCCAAGAGUUCAUUGCAAAUCUGCAAGGAGUAAAUGAAGAUGGUGAUUUCUCCAAGGACCUACUGAAGGCUCUGUACAACUCAAUCAAGAAUGAGAAGCUUGAAUGGGCAGUAGAUGAUGAAGAGAAAAAAAAGUCUCCCUCAGAAGGUAAUGAUGAGAAGGCUAAUGGAACACAUCCAAAGACCCUCAGUCGUAUUGGGAGUACUACCAAUCCAUUCUUGGACAUUCCUCACGAUCCAAAUGCUACUGUCUAUAAAAGUGGGUUUUUGGCUCGGAAAAUCCAUGCAGACAUGGAUGGAAAGAAAACUCCAAGAGGAAAGCGAGGGUGGAAAACCUUUUAUGCUGUGCUGAAGGGAACAGUUCUUUACUUGCAAAAGGAUGAAUAUAAACCAGAAAAGGCCCUGUCUGAAGACGACUUGAAAAACGCUGUCAGUGUGCACCACGCAUUGGCGUCCAAGGCCACGGACUAUGAGAAGAAGCCAAAUGUGCUCAAACUCAAAACUGCCGAUUGGAGGGUCUUACUUUUUCAAGCCCAGAGUCCAGAGGAAAUGCAGGGGUGGAUAAACAAGAUUAAUUGUGUUGCAGCUGUAUUUUCUGCACCACCAUUUCCAGCAGCCAUUGGCUCUCAGAAGAAGUUUAGCCGCCCACUUCUGCCUGCAACGACAACAAAAUUGUCCCAGGAGGAACAGUUGAAAUCUCAUGAGAGCAAGCUGAAGCAGAUCACCACCGAGCUGGCUGAGCAUCGUUCUUAUCCUCCUGACAAAAAAGUGAAAGCCAAGGAGAUUGAUGAGUACAAACUGAAAGACCAUUAUCUGGAAUUCGAGAAAACUCGUUAUGACAUUUAUGUUGGCAUUCUAAAAGGAGGCGGCAAGGAGCUCCUGAGUAGCAAUGAAAAUGAAGGAGCUGGACUGAAGAAGUCACAUUCGAGUCCUUCAUUGAAUCCAGAUUCAUCUCCAGUCACUGCCAAGAUCAAGCGUAACGUGUCAGAGAGGAAGGAUCACCGACCAGAAGCACCAAGCAUUAAGCAGAAGGUUACUUAG